UUGCAUCGAAGAGAGAAACGCAUUAUUAGACAGCUUACAAAGAACAGCAAUAGGACCAAACACAUAUUGGCCAUGAAUGAUCUGGUAAAAUCAUGUAAAUAUAAUGAGGAGCGCUUUGACUCCUUAAUAAAAAAUCAGAGUGAGUAUCAGCGCUCCAUACCAGGUUCAUCGGGGACAAUAUGUGUAAAUAACAAAGUUAACAGUAAGACCUCAUUAUUUUCAUCUACACUCUAUGACAGUGCUAUGACAAAGGAUAUAAACUUAAAAAGUAAUGUAAAUAUUAAAAAAAAUAAAGUUAUUAUGUAUUGUGAUGACAUAGGCAAAAAUUUGGGCAUGAUGUUAAAUAACUGUUUAAAAGGACAUAUGAUCACUAAUUAUUGCAUGCCUGGAGCAUCCUUUAGUCAUAUAAUGAAUAAAGUUUUAGCUAGUAAAUUUUGUCCUAAUAGCACAUUAAUUAUUCUUGUUGGGAGAAGAGGCAAUGUAAACAAAAAUCAAUUAUUAAAAUAUAUUGAUAAUCUAAAUACUUUAAAUGUACAUAAAAUUAUCUUGUUUACAUUGCCUUACAUACAGGGUUGGCCGCAGGAAAAUAAAAUAAGAUAUGAUUUAAAUUUAUUAAUGAAUAACUUUUCAUGUAAUAAUAAUUUAAACUUGACAUUUAAUUGUUACAAUUAUAAUGAUAGAAUUAAUUUAAUAGAUAUAAAUAAUUUAAUUAAGAAAUUUUUGACUAGAGAUAGGUAUUACCUAUCAAAAUAUAAUUUAAGACAGAUAGCAAAUGUGCUAUCUUAUUAUUUAUAUAUUAACUCAGCCAAGGACUUGGCUACACAGACAUCUGCUUCUUUUGAGCAGUGUAAUGACUUAACAUGCAAUUUGGAAUCAGUUCCAAGUAAUUUAAAUUAG